GCAUUUUCCCGAGUCCAUAGUACACAACCCGAAAACGUAGGCUAUUCUGUCGCACUCUCCCUCUCUCUCCCCCGGUAUGAUGACCCGGGGCAUCUCCUCUCUCAGCGUCGACCCCGCCCCCGUCUCCAUCCGCCGGCGGACUUCCACCGGCGGCGGAAACUGGAGUUCCGUGGGGUCGCCGAGUACGGCAUGGGCACCUUCUUCUGUCUUCCCGUGGAGGGAUCCGCGGCGGUCUGGGAGGGCGGCGGUGGCGGCCGCCGCCUUUCCUCACUCGUCCUCGCUCAAGAUUACCGCCUCGGCGGCGCCGACGCCGGCGGAGAUGGAGAAGGGCGGCCAGAUCGACCGGGUGAGAUCGCUGAGCCAGGUCGCUGGCGUGCUGGGCUCCCAGUGGGGGGACGAGGGCAAAGGGAAGCUCGUCGAUGUUCUCUCUGGGCAUUUCGAUAUUGUCGCUCGAUGUCAGGGUGGAGCAAAUGCUGGACAUACCAUCUACAAUGCCGAGGGUAAAAAGUUUGCUCUUCAUCUUGUUCCAUCAGGAAUCCUUAAUGAGGAAACUCUUUGCGUUAUUGGUAAUGGAGCUGUAGUGCAUCUUGCUGAAUUAUUUGAAGAAAUUGAUGGUUUGGAGUCCAAUGGAGUUUCUUGCAAGGGAAGAAUAUUGGUCUCUGAUCGUGCACAUUUGUUGUUUGAUUUCCAUCAAUCUGUAGAUGGAUUUAGAGAAGCAGAGCUUGCAAAUUUGUUUAUUGGGACAACUAAGAGAGGAAUUGGACCAUGCUAUUCAAGCAAGGUCAUAAGGAAUGGAAUAAGAGUUGGUGAUCUGAUGCAUAUGGACACUUUUAGUCAGAAGCUUGAUACUUUAUCAAGAGAUGCAGCUUCACGGUUUAAGGGAUUUAACUAUAGUGCUGACAUGCUCAGAGAGGAGGUUGAAAGGUACAAGAGGUUUGCUGAGCGGUUGGAACCUUUUAUUGCUGAUACUGUGCACUUCAUCAAUGAAUCCAUCUUGCAGAACAAAAAAAUUUUAGUUGAAGGUGGUCAAGCAACUAUGUUAGAUAUUGAUUUUGGAACAUAUCCAUUCGUAACUUCCUCAAGUCCUUCAGCUGGUGGGGUUUGCACAGGUCUUGGAAUUGCUCCAAGAUGCAUAGGUGACCUUAUUGGAGUGGUAAAAGCAUACACAACUAGAGUUGGCUCAGGUCCUUUCCCCACUGAAAUCUUAGGUAAAGGUGGUGAUCUCCUUAGGGCUGCUGGAAUGGAGUUUGGAACAACUACAGGCCGUCCUCGACGUUGUGGCUGGCUUGAUAUAGUUGCACUUAAAUAUUGCUGCCAGGUCAAUGGGUUUUCGGCUCUCAAUCUCACCAAACUUGAUGUCUUGUCCAAGUUUUCGGAAAUCAAGCUGGGAGUUUCUUACAAGCAACUUGGUGGUAAAAGAGUGGAAUCCUUCCCUGCAGAUCUUCAAGUUCUGGAGCAAAUACUGGUUGACUAUGAAGUGCUGCCUGGUUGGCAGAGUGAUAUUUCUUCCAUCAGAAACUACAGAGACCUCCCCCAAGCUGCUCGUCAAUAUGUGGAGAAGAUAGAAGAACUUGUUGGCGUACCCAUUCAUUACAUUGGUGUUGGCCCCGGUCGUGAUGCCCUCAUAUUCAAAUAAUUUAGGCUUCUUUCUAACAAUGUUUACCAUCUGAAUUUCUAAAAAUAAGUUUCUGGGCUUUGGAUGUAUAAGUUAAUGUUCAAAAUCGCUGAAUUUUUUAUGUAGCAUUUUAAGAUUCUAAUUGUAGAAUAAAACUUUGGAUAUACUUAAUGCUUCUUUAUUUUGAAUUUCAU